GAAACAGACGUUAUUCCUCUUGCCACAGAGAUGGUUGGUGGUCGCCUUUGCUGCCUGUGCUGCGUCUUCACAUACAGCGCUGUGCUGCUUCUUGGGCUCUGUCUCCAUGAUGUGGAGGCUUCCAACUGUCCACGCGUCAUCCAUAAACAAGUUGGAGACACUGUGGAGCUUCCAUCAUGCUUACCAACUGAAGGGGUCACAACAGCAACUUGGAAAUAUGGAGAUAAAACAGUUGUAGACAUGGAACAAAGCUUAAAUACUCAGUACACAAACAGAAUAUAUCUAAACAACACAACCUUUAGUUUAACAGUGAGAAAACUGACUGCUCAAGAUUCUGGUAAUUACAGUUUUCUCUCAGAGGCGAAGGGCGUGCAAAGACACACAGUCAUCAUCACUCUGCACGUUCAUGAGCCCAUAACUACACCUGUCCUGACUGCCAACACCACCUCACAUGCCUUCAAUGGAUCCUGCACAGUUUUCCUGCGGUGCAUUUCUGACAGCCAGGUCAACUACAACUGGACCAUGAGGGCCCGGACCCACCGUGGCUCCAGUACACAGCAUUACACCAUCAGGCCGCAGGACGGAGAGACCACAUUCACCUGCACGAUUUGGAAUGUAGUCAGUGAGCGAUCUGCUUCCACAACAGUGACGUGUAGCAACGACACGUCCGACCAACAAAAACCAGAGCCAGAAAACUUUGUCUUGUUCCUGAGUGUGGCAGCAGGAGCUGGUUUGACGAUUAUCAUUGUAGUCACCAUAGUUAUUUGGGUUUGUCUCCACACACAAAGACAGUCUGAAGGCAGUGAUGCAAAUGACCUCACCGUGUACGCCGAUAUCUCUGAUGUGGCAAGUGAAGACAGGACAUCACCUAACAUGAAGCCAUGCUCAGUGUAUGAAACCAUUGACAACAGAGGCAACGCAGCCACACCAGGGCCCCAGACUGUGUAUGACAAGAUUCAGUUUAGUCACAUGAGGAAUGCGUCGGGUUCACCCUAACAAUAAAUUUCAGGGAUAACAAAAUGAAUCAAUAACCAGAAGAAAAAAAAACAUUUGGAAAAGGCAAAGCCCAAAAAGAAAUGUAAUGCUAAUAUGAUAAAGGAAAGGUGCAAAAACAGAGUACAGACUCAAACAUCAUGCUUUUUCAAAUUUAAAAUCUUUUGCCUUGAGAGAGUUCGGCACCUUUCGUUUUUCAUAUUAGAAAUGUGAUACCAUUGACAGUGUUGUAAAUUCUGUACAUAACAAGAUUAUAUAUUUUUUAAUGUUUGUGCAUUUUGUGCUUUUCAUCCUGUACAAAGUUGUGCAUAUUAAAUUACAUUUACUUUACUUGUGGUUUGUAAUCAUAUCAUAAAUCUAAUUCACUUGUGAUCCAUUUAUUUCUCUACAUUUAAGUUUUACAGAGAUUUUUUGCAGCUUUUUCAAUGACCAUCCAUAACACUGGUUUUUGUUGGUGUCCAGGCAGGUGGACAAGCCUAACUGACGCAGCUCAGGCUUGAUUUUUUUAAGAUGCUCUUUCCUUUGACAUAAGUACAUUUUUCACACAUUUCAAUUCCAUUUGAUUUUUGGUACCCUUUACUCAGACAUGCAUUUAGUCAAAUUACAGUAUGAUACCACCAACAAGUCCUCCAACCUCUGAAGUCUUUUACAUAUUGUUUAAGAGGCUAGUGGUGUCAAUGAGUCACUCCCUGUCUGUCAUCCUCUCAUACCAAUCACUAUUAGGAAGACUACUAUUCUCCUUCACAUAUCCUAUCACUCUGUCUUAUAUUAUCCCUUAUAUGUGAUUAUUUGCAUUCACAUAUUUAUUUGUUUCACAUAAAAU